GCCCGGAUGUCCGGGCGCUGCGGCCGGGUCGGCUGAUCCUGGAGCUUCUCCAGGGAAACUUACAAGCGGCCAAUGGAUGUUACUGUACUGGCAUUUGUUUUUAAAAAGCUGUCGAUAUUCAACCAGCAUGCCUUGGACUUUACUGUGGGAAGACCCUAUUAUUUAAAAAUGGCUCAACUGAAAUAUAUGGAGAAUGUGGGGUGUGUCCAAGAGGACAGAGAACAAAUGCACAGAAAUAUUGUCAGCCUUGUACAGAGUCUCCAGAACUUUAUGAUUGGCUCUAUCUUGGAUUUAUGGCUAUGCUUCCUCUUGUCUUACAUUGGUUCUUCAUUGAAUGGUACUCGGGGAAAAAGAGUUCCAGUGCACUUUUCCAGCACAUCACUGCAUUAUUCGAAUGCAGUAUGGCAGCUAUUAUCACCUUACUUGUGAGUGAUCCAGUCGGUGUUCUUUAUAUCCGUUCAUGUCGAGUAUUGAUGCUUUCUGAUUGGUACACAAUGCUUUACAACCCAAGUCCAGAUUACGUUACCACAGUGCACUGUACUCAUGAAGCUGUCUACCCACUCUACACCAUUGUAUUUAUCUAUUAUGCAUUCUGCUUGGUAUUAAUGAUGCUGCUCCGACCUCUUCUGGUAAAGAAGAUUGCCUGUGGGUUAGGGAAGUCCGAUCGAUUUAAAAGUAUUUAUGCUGCACUUUACUUCUUCCCGAUUUUAACCGUGCUUCAGGCUGUUGGUGGAGGCCUUUUAUAUUAUGCCUUCCCAUACAUUAUAUUGGUAUUAUCUUUGGUUACUUUGGCAGUGUACAUGUCGGCUUCUGAAAUAGAGAACUGCUAUGAUCUCCUGGUCAGGAAGAAAAGACUCAUUGUUCUCUUCAGUCAUUGGUUACUUCAUGCCUAUGGAAUAAUCUCUAUUUCCAGAGUGGAUAAACUCGAGCAAGAUUUACCCCUUUUGGCUUUGGUACCCACACCAGCACUGUUUUACUUGUUCACUGCAAAAUUUACUGAACCCUCACGGAUACUCUCAGAAGGAGCCAAUGGACACUGACUAUAAAAUGCCAAAAAAACAAACAAAAAGAAACACACCACAAAAAACCCUCCCAAAAAACCUAAGAAGUAUUCUUAAUAAAAAAGGAAAGAAAUAAAAAAAUGUAUUUAUACUCUUCUGUCAUACAUGGGAAAAGGAUUGUCGUUAUAUCUUAAUGUUUUUUGUUACUUUGGUUUUGUUUUUUACUUAAGAGACUUUAUGGUUAGACUUCGAAAAUACAAAAUAAUACCUUUACAUAAUAUAAUACACUAUACACUUAUAGCACACUAUUAUAUGACACUAGAAGCCUAUUAGGAAGCACUUGCCUCUUGCCACAGUUUAUUCUUUAGAGCAAAAUCAUGUGUCUGUGUACCUAACAGUGUGUCGUUUCCAUUUUUGUUAAGAAAAACGAACAUGUAUACUCUGAAAUCCUUAGGGUUAGCACAGUUGUGCAUGCCUGCUGUGAUUCAAUUUGUUUUUCAAGUAUAUUGAAUUAUAAAGACCUACAUACUUGUGGGGUCUGAUAGCAAACAUGGAAAUAAAGUAUGUUGUUUUUGUUAUAUUUAUUUUCACCAAUACAGUAUUUUGAUCUAUUACAAAAAUAGAGCAUAAUUUAUAUAGAACAGGUUUCCUGUUUACAGGUAGUUUGGUUGAAGAUAUCUUCAGAUUAUUCCUGUUCCUGUAAAGAAAAACAAUAAAAGCUUAACUACAAAAAGUCUCAAAUGUUUUGACAUUUGUAUUUUGCCACACUAAUUGUGGACAUUCAAAAUAUUAAGUAGUAAGAUUAGUGUCUUUUUACUAAAUGAAUCUGCAUGUAUUCAUGUAUUGCUUUCCUUUUAUAUCAUUUUUUUAAGGAUACAUACACAUGCCAUAUAUUUUUGAUCCUGAGACUUUUUUUUUUUACAUUGUGACAUCUUUGAAUUAGGCUGCAUCUUACAAUUGGUGGCUUCUUAGCGUUAACAAAAUACAUAAUAUAUACAGCAUGUAAACAUUUUUCCUGUGGUUGGUUGUUGAUAGGUAUGCUGCUUGUCGAUUUUUAUGCUCUGAAGAGUUCAAGAGACUUAUGGGUGCAACCAUGGAAGCAAAAUAAGAUCUAACCUGAUAAUCUGACCAUGUUUAUCCAUUUGUAUUGUUUAGAAAGUUAUUUUCUGAUAAUGCUGUUGGUGGGGGUUGCAUGAGUUUGUUAAAUCUCAAACUUUAAGACUUCCAUUAACAGUUGUAAAUUAUGAAAGCACUCACUUUUUCUGUAGUUUUGUUUAUGCCUUUUGAAUUCACAGCAGUUGU